AUGGCUAGGGUUACAAAAGUCUUAUCUUUCACAUCGGUAAACAUGUUCGAGAAAGGAGAAAGCUCAAAAGAUGAUAUGGAAUCCCUCCUCAACGGUAUCAGAGGUAUGGACACCAUCCAUGAGGAUGACAUGGAUGAGGAGUAUUACAUCUUCAGUGGUGAAGGUGGAAAUGUUAGCGAGGACGUCAACUUUAAUGAAGAAGUCGAUGACUUUGUAGAAGGCUCCAAUGCCCCGGAUCCUUAUGAUAUCGUUUACUCAAACAUACCUAAAAAUACACAUUCCCUAAAACCUGUUGCAAGCUGCAAACACUGUGGUGCAAAAAGGUUUCAGUAUGAGUCAAAGGGUUUCUGUUGUCGGUUGGGGAAAAUCAAGUUGGCAAAUGUAGCACCCAUCCCAGAACUUAUGAGGCUCUGGUCGAGUGAAGAUUCUGAUGCAAGGCAUUUUCGGGAGAGCAUUAGAUUCUUCAAUGGUCACUUUUCUUUCACAACCCUUGGUGUCAGCCUUGAUAAUAACUACACCAACAUGAGGUCAGGGGUGUACACGUUUCGGGCUCAUGGCCAGAUGUACCACAAUGUGCAUUCAUUUGGUCCAAGGGAUUUCGGACCGGACCAUUUGCAGUUGUACUUCUAUGAUGACGACCCCACCUUGCAACAUCGCUUUCGGCAUUCUCCUAGCCUUGACCAAGAGGUCAUUACAAAGUUGGUCAACAUCCUUAGGGACAACCCAUACUCCCAAAUUUUUAGGAGCCUAGGCCAAACCGAGGACCUUGCGGAGUAUAGAAUAUCCUUGAACACUGACCAAAGGUUGGACCAACGAAGGUACAAUGUACCGCUAUCGUCAGAGGUGGCUGCUGUCUGGGUCGAGGGCAAUGACCUUGUUAGGAAGUUCAAACGAAGUGUUAUCUUGUACGGAAAUGACAACACGAAGUAUGGUAUACAACCAUAUUACGGUUGCUAUGACCCCCUAUCGUACCCCCUCUUCUUCCCGAGGGGAGAGCUUGGUUGGCAUCCUCAGAUCCCAAAGGUUGGUGUCUCCUUAGAUGAGGUGCUCCAGUCUAAUGAAAAUGAAGACAACGACCCAGAAAUGAAUAGCCGCCUAUGCGUCUCUGUUAGGGACUACUACUGCUAUAGGUUACAGACAUGUCCUGGGAUAUUCAACCCCAUAUUGCAUGGCCAGCGUCUAUUCCAACAGUUCGCUGUUGACAUGUAUAUCAAGGUGGAGGGCACAAGGCUGGACUGGAUCAGGAAUCACCAAAAAGAGAUACGCGCUGACCUAUAUAAAGGCGUCAUGGAUAGCAUCACUACCGGAGAGAGUCGUGCAAAUGCGGUGGGCAAGAGGACGGUACUGCCUGGAUCAUUCCAAGGGAGCUGUAGGGAUAUGAAGCGGAGGCACAUGGAUGCCAUGGCAUUAGUCCAAAAGUAUGGAAAGCCAGAUAUCCUCCUUACAAUAACCUGCAAUCCCAACUGGGAAGAGAUAGUUUGUGCACUAGAACCUGGCCAAACCCCACAAGACCGCCCUGAUCUCAUUGUUAGAGUAUUCAAAGCUAAGUUGGAGGACCUAAAGAAGCAGCUAUUCAAGAAGCACAUCCUCGGCAAGGUAAUUGCGUAUGUGUAUGUAAUUGAGUUCCAAAAGAGAGGCCUCCCACAUGCUCACUUCCUGUUGAUCAUGGAGUCCGGAUACAAGCUCACAACUCCAGAGCAAUAUGAUCGCCUCAUCUUAGCUGAGCUUCCAGACAAGCAUAAGUAUCCGGAGCUAUAUGCGAUGGUAAUAAAGCAUAUGAUGCACGGGCCUUGCGGGGUCUUAAACCCCAAGAACGUGUGCAUGCAGGAUGGAUGUUGCAAGAAUCGGUACCCACGUCCAUUUAACACGACUACCGUCCAAGGAAAGGACUUGUACCCCAUUUACCGGAGACGUGACGACCAUCGUCGAGCACAAGUUCGAGGGAAAAUUCUAGAUAACAGGUGGGUUGUGCCAUAUAACCCUUACCUCCUGAGGAUGUACAAUUGUCAUAUCAAUGUUGAGGUGUGCUCUAGCAUAAAGGCCGUUAAGUACCUUUACAAGUACAUAUACAAGGGCCACGAUCGGACUUCGGUCUCUCUUGAUGAGCCUGAUAGUAAUGGCGAAAUUGAUGAGAUCAAGAGAUACUUAGAUGCGAGGUGGGUUACACCACCAGAGGCACUAUGGAGGAUUUAUGGCUUCCACCUUAGUGAAAACUUCCCAUCUGUGAAGCAAUUGCAACUUCAUCUCCCAGACAUGCACAUGAUCUCGUUUAACGCGGACCAUGAUCUGAAUGACGUCGUCACUCGUGAGGGUGCAUCCAAGACAAUGCUCACAGAGUAUUUUGAGGCUAACAGGACAAUUACGGAGGCUCGAGGAAUUCUAUACAAGGAUUUCCCAGAAAAGUUUGUAUGGCACGCGACCCUGAAAAUAUGGAAAACGAGGACGAAACAGUUCCAGGUUGGUAGAAUCGUGUCGGCUCAUCCUGCUGAGGGAGAACGGUACUACAUGAGGGUGUUGUUAAACCAUGUGACCGGAUCGACAUCGUUCGAAGACCUGAGGACGGUGGAUGGUGUCCUUUGCCCAAGCUUCCGAGAAGCUGCUGAAAGAAGGGGUCUCGUUGAGGCUGACAACACCCUUAACGAAUGUCUUACAGAGGCUGAGCUAUUCCAGAUGCCAUCCUCGUUGCGUAGGCUCUUUGCAACUAUCUUGGUGUUUUGCGAGGCUAGCGAUGUGCGCGGGCUCUGGGAUAAGCACCUAGGUGCAAUGUCAGAGGACUAUUGA